AUGAGUGGAAAGGAAGAUAAAAAUGGAAAACUUGUUAAAAGCGAAGAAACUGAGCUUCAAAAUCUUAACUGUGAUAAAAACGCAAAAAUUGUUCAGAAAGACCAAUGGAGCAGCGAUAUUGAAUUUCUUUUGUCAUGCAUCACGUUAUCAGUAGGAUUGGGUAAUGUUUGGAGAUUUCCAUUCACAGCACUCGAGAAUGGCGGUGGAACUUUUGUCAUUCCAUAUACAUUAAUUGUCUUGCUGGUCGGUCGUCCACUCUACUAUAUGGAACUUCUUCUGGGACAAUUUUCAUCCAAAGGAUGCAUUAAAGUGUGGGAUAUGUCACCAGCUGUCAGAGGUGUGGGUGUUGGUCAAUGUAUUUGCACUAUCGUUGUGCUUUCUGUAUAUGCUUCAGUCAUGGCAUUGACAAUUCGUUUUUUUCUUGCUUCAUUUAAUGAUCCAUUACCAUGGACAACGACACUCGAUGGAGCAAUUGAUGGAAUAAUUUAUUUUAUUGUCCCGGAUUGGGAGAAAAUGUUUGAAGCUAAGCUUUGGUAUGCUGCUGUCACUCAAGUUUUCUAUGCCCUUGGAGUUUGUUUUGGAUCAAUCAUAAUGUAUUCUUCUUACAAUCGAUUUGAUCAUAAUGUCUACAGAGAUUUUAACAUAAUCACAACAAUGGAUUACAUGACUUCGUUACUGGCUGGUUUUAUAAUUUUUGGAAUUCUUGGUCAUUUGUCUCAUGUCAUGAAUGUGGACAUCAGAGAUGUGACCAAAAGUUAUAUGGGGCUUGCUUUCAUUGCUUAUCCUGAAGCAAUAGCGAAGUUUGAUUUUAUUCCGCAAUUCUUUUCGAUCGUUUUCUUUCUCAUGUUGUUCUUUUUUUGCGUUGGGAGUAACAUGGGAAUGGCUUCAUGCAUUAUGACUGUCAUCAGAGACCGCUAUCCAAAAGUUAAAUGCUGGAAAAUUGUUAUCGGAAUUGUUUGUUUUGGUGUGUCGACUGGUUGCUUUUAUACUUCUCCAGGAGGUCAAUUUCUAGUGAACCUUUUUGAUUUUUAUGGUGCAUCGUUUGUAGCACUUGUUCUAGCAACAAUAGAGUUGAUUACGGUCAGUUGGAUUUAUGGUGUCGACCGAUUCUGCAAAGAUAUUGAAUUUAUGUUGCGACGUCAAACUGGAAUCUAUUGGCGAUUGUGUUGGAAGUUUGUUACUCCCACUAUUAUGAUAGGAAUUUUUUGUUAUUUUAUAUUCACAUGGGAGCUUUUAACUUAUCAAGACCGUGAAUAUUCAUUUAACAUGCAUGCUCUGGGUUGGUGUGUGUCACUAAUUGCAUUACUUCAGCUUCCUAUUUGGGCAGUUUACGCUAUGAUGAAGCAACCAAAGAGAAAAGGAAUAAAUAGAUUCCUCAAAGCUUUCCAACCAAACGAUAAUUGGGGGACAGUUAGUAGUGACAACAGAAAAGCCUACGAAUGUUCUAUGUAUGAAGCUUAAUUAAUGUUCACAAGUUGUGAAAAAUCAUUGAGAAAAUAUGAAGAAG